AUGUCCGCUGAACAGGCCGUCAAGUCCGAGGGCGAGAUCAAGCAGGAGGUGGCUGCCACCGCCUCCUCUUCCUCCACCGCCGAGGCCCCGGCCACCACCAUGACCGUCGACGAGGCCAAGGCCGAGGCGCUCCGCCAGGUCGAGUUCUACUUCCACGACUCCAACCUUCCCUACGACAAGUUCCUCUUCACCCUCACCCGCAAGGACCCCGCGGGCUGGGUGCCCAUCGCCACCAUCGCCUCGUUCAAGCGCAUGCGCGCCAUCCAGGAGAUCCUCGGCAACGACGGCAUCGCAGAGGUGCUCAAGGGCUCCGAGGAGCUGCUCGAAGUCAGCGAGGACGGCGCCAAUGUGCGCAGGAGGAAGGAGCUCGUGCCUGUCAAGGACGCCUUUGACCGAUCCAUCUACGCCAAGGGCUUCGGCGACGAGACCGAGACGCUGCAGAAGGACCUCGAGACCUUCUUCAACAAGUAUGGCAAGGUCAACAGCGUGAGGAUGCGCCGCGACAUGGAGGCCAACACCAAGCCCAAGCCGUUCAAGGGUUCCGUCUUCGUCGAGUUCGCCGACAUGGAGGACCGCAACCAGUUCCUCCUGCAGGCUGCCCAGAAGGAGCCCGAGCAGGACGGUGGCAAGGGCAUCAGCUUCGAGGACAAGGAGCUCGUGGUGAUGAGCAAGGACGCCUACGUCAAGAUGAAGAUGGAGGAGAAGGGCAUCGACCCCAGCAACAACCGCAUCAACCGCGGCGGCGACUCGUCGGCACACAAGAAGUUCAACGCCUUCAAGGAGAUGAACAAGCGCGAUGGCAAGGGCGGCGACCGCAAGGACGACAAGCCCAAGCGAUCGGACCCGCUCGAGUUCGAGUACAACGGCAAGCAGCUCACCACGCGCCCGGACGGCACCGUCGACCCGGAGGCUGUCGAGUUCCCUGCCAACUCGGUGCUCAAGUUCACCGGCGCCGGCGAGGGCGGCAACUGGAAGGACCUCAAGGACACGCUCGUCACUGUGCACCCGACGUCGUUUGUCGAGUUCCCCACUGGCGCCGUCGAGGGUGCCGUUGGCUUCAAGGAGUCGCUCUCGGACGACAAGCUCGCCGAGAUCAAGACCAAGAACAUCACCGUCGGCGGCAAGGUGGUCGAGUUCUCGCGCGUCGACGAGGAGACGUCCAAGAAGUUCUACAUUGAGCGUGCCAACUUCCGUGCGUCGUUCAUGCUCGACAGGCGCGAGCAGGAUUCGCAGCGUGGCCCGCGUGGCAACGGCAGCUACAGCCGUGGUGGCCGUGGUGGUCGUGGCGGUCGCGGUGGCCGUCUCAACAAGACCGGACGCGGCGGCUUUGGCCGUGCAGGCGGCGACAAGCGCAAGCGCGAAGGCGACUCGAACAACUCGCGCGAUGACGGCGCACCACCCACCAUCGGCAAAAAGGUCAAGACCGACGAGUAA